CGUAGAGUCAGAUCAUAACCCUUUACUUCUUAUAUGGGGUUUGGAGGAAAGGGUAAGACGACCAUGGUGUUUUGAGAAUAUGUGACUCCUUGAUGAUGAUUUUUUAGCUAAAGUCGUGGGGUGGUGGAAUCUGCCGGUUGUAGGGUUUGGUCCUUUCUUCUUGGCAAGACAAAGGUUGAGAAACACCAAGUCUAUGAUCAAAGCAUGGAAUAUUGAGCAUUUUGGGAGGUUGGAGUCCAAAAUUUCCGGGCUGCUGACAAGAAUAAAGGAAAUUAACAAGGCUGAUGAGAGGGGUCAUGCUAUGGAUUCUGACCUAAUCGAACGAGGUCUGAUGAAAUGUGAACUUGAAAAGGUACUUCUGAUGGAAGAAAUAUCAUGGAGGCAAAAGUCGAGAGAAUUUUGGUUGAAAGUUGGAGACAAAAAUACUGUCUUCUUUCACCGAGUGGCCAUGGCUAAUCAUAGAAGAAACAAGAUACAAAUUUAAAGAUGAAUGGCUCGAUCAUUUCUGAGAAAGUUGAGUUGCAGGCUGCAGGCUGCGUUCAUUGAUCAUUAUAAAGAAAGAUUCAGAGAAACUGCAGAUGUAAGACUGCUCCCGUUGGAUUACAGAAGUGGGGUGAUUGAUUUAGAAGAGAAUUACAGGACAAGCUCUCCCUUCAUUGAAGCAGAAUUAUGGAUGACGAUAAAGAGCUGCAGAGGUGAUCGAGCUCCAAGGCCGGAUGGCUUCACCCUUGAGUUCUUCAAAAAAAUUUGGAAUAUCGUGAGAAGGGAUUUACUGAAGGCUUGUGAUGAGUUCUACAUUUCUGGUUUUGUGCCGGACUGCAUUGCCCGUACUUUCCUUCCAUUGGUUCCUAAGAGGGAGGCUGUAGAAUUUGUUAACGAUUAUCGGCCAAUUAGUCUGAUUGGCAGCAUUAACAAAAUUGUCUCGAAGAUGUUAAUUGCUCGACUUCAACCACUAAUGGAUAAGGUUGUUUCUUUUCAUCAAUUUGAUGGCGUGAGGGGCCGACAAAUUCAUGAAGCAAACUUAAUCGCAAAUGAAUUGGUCGAUAGUAGAAGGAAGAGUGGGAAUUCUGGAAUUUUGCUAAAAUUAGAUAUUGAUAAAGCCUUCGAUUCGGCAAGUUGGAGCUGCCUCUUUAGUAUUGUUAAAUCCAUGGGUUUCAACUCGAAGUGGGUGAAGUGGAUCAAAGGUAUUGUCUCAGCCUCUAAAGUUUCAGUGCUGGUCAAUGGGGAGGCAUCAGGAUACUUUGGGAUGUCUAGGAGCUUCAAGCAAGGAGACCCUUUAUCGCCUUUCUUCUUCAACUUGGUAAUGAAUGUGUUAUCUUUUAUGCUUCAGAAGAUCGCAGCUGCCGGUUACUUAUCUGGAUUUUGUAUGAAUGAGAAGCAAAGAUUAGGGGAAGUCACACAUCUCUUUUAUGCAGAUGAUCCACUACUUUUUUGUGAUGCAGAAGAAGAUCAGAUGAUCAAUGUGUUGGUUGCACUCAUUUGGUUUCAGAGCGUUACUGGGUUAAAAAUAAACUUAGACAAAUCAAAGCUCAUGUGGGUAAUGUUGAUAAUGUGGAAAGACUUGCUAAUAUUCUUGGCUGUAAAUGGGAUGUCCUCCCCACAAUCUACCUUGGUCUCCCACUGGGCGCCUCUCCUACAUUUGCAAGUUUGUGGAAUCGAGUCAUUAAUAAGGUGCAAAUCAGAUUAGAAGGGUGGAAAGGAAGGCUGUUAUCUCUUGGGGAAAGAAUUGUUUUGUGCAUUGCAACUCUAGCUAGCCAACCAAUCUAUGUUGGGUCGUUGUUUAAGGCACCUAAGACCGUAAUUCAGAAGCUGGAAAAAUUGCAGCGUACAUUUAUUUGGGUAGAGUACCAAGAGAAGCGCAGGCUUCAUCUUGUCGCGUGGGAACAAUGCAAACUAACAAGAAAACUUGGAGUGUUGGGAAUCCCAGAUUUUGAAGUGCAAAACACAACUUUAUUGUCUAAAUGGUGGUGGAAAUACAUGACAGAAAAGGAUUGUCGAUGGAGAAGUCUGAUAGAGAUUAAGUACACUAAUGAGACGUCUCAAUGGAUGACAUCGGAGCCUCGUAAUCCUAUCGGCUACAGUGUUUGGUCACAUAUUUUUAAACAGAAGAACUUGUUCUGGAAGUUCGCGUGAAUCAUCCCGGGAAGUGGUGACUCUACUUCUUGUUGGUAUGAUCCGUGGCUUCUUGAGAAGGCUCUUGCGUUCGAAUACCCGAGAGUGAUGUUGUUACCUAUGAUCCUUCCCCGCUAGCAUUAUCUUUGACUAUGUUGUUACCUUGAGUGAUAAUCUUACAUGGGAAAUACCUCUUCGCUUUUCUUUGAGAGGUGGGGAUGAAAGAGAACGUGAGAGACUUUUGUUUCUUCUUAAUAGUGUUUGUUUAUCUGUUUUUGAGCUAGGUUCAGAAGCAAUUUCAUGGCUCCCUUGUCCCUCAACAUGGUUCAGUGUUCAUUCCAUGUAUAAAGAACUUUUGAAGAGUAGGUAAGAUGAUGGCCCGGAGUUUCCACAUCGUAUGAUCUGGCAACAUCAUAUUCCCCUCAAGGUCUGUGCAUUUAUUUGGAUUGCUUUCCAGAAGAAAAUUCUGACCCAUGAUGCCCUGAAAAGGAAGGGUUGGGCAUAUCCAAGCAGAUGUGUUCUUUGUUGUAGUAGAGAAGAGGAUCCAAAUCACAUUUUCCUUACUUGCACUUUUGUUAAUGUUGUGUGGAGACUGAUCCGACGCUAUGUGCACAUUGUUACCUUCCACUCGGAUAUCUUAAUCCUCAUCAGGGAAUGGCAGGAUUUCAAUCCAAAUGAUGUUAAAGGAUGGUGCUCGAAGACCCUGGUGCAUGCUCUGUUCUGGACGGUUUGGAAAGAGAGAAAUAGAAGGACCUUUGAUGAGAUUACCUCCAGUCCACAGGUUGUUGCUCUGAGAAUCGGUUACUUGAUCUCAAAGUGGCUAAUGAUUGCAGAGAAGGCGGAUAGAAGAAUAGUUGAAGAAAUGUGAAGUUGUUUAGGGUUUUCAAGUUAUAGAUGCAUAAGUAAAGUUAUUGUAUAAGAAGGUAAAUCUUGAGUAUUAUCAUCCAUACUAAGGCUAAAACAUAUCAUGCAUCAAUGACUCAUCUAUAGCAUCACUUUAUCCCUUCUAUUAAGGCCAUUCUCUACCUGUGUGUUGGCCUCUUGCAAUAGAGAUUUAACUAGUUAAUGUGUGCUUUUGUUUCAUGUCAUUACGUAAUUAAUGAAGAACAAGAAAUUAGGAUAUUAUAUUAUUAUGUAUGGUCUUCUUGAGUCAUAAUCGAUGGUUUAUAGCAUCAAUGAUCUAACAAUCAAGCAUUGAUACUACUCGGGGUAUAGAUAGUUGAACAUUUUUUCUAUACUCAUGUAGCAUCAAUGGGGUAUCACUAGAGGGUAAUUUAUUAACAACCUAGAAGAUACUAAGCACAAUUCAUAAAGUAGUAUACUAUAGAGUCAUAGGCAUCGAUGAUAAGAAGUAUUGAACUAAAUGAGCGUAAAUUUCAUACAUAAGAAUCAAAACAUAAAGCAUCCAUGUAUACAUAUAAGGCAUAAAAAAUCACAAGCAUCAACAUAAGCCGAAUAUAAACCAUAGCAUCAAUAUAUACAAAGAUAAAGGAGUUCAAAUUCUUAUACGGUCAAUUUCAAACUACCUAAACAAAGAAGAGAAUGAGGGUAGCACCAUCGAUGAUGAAAGCAUAUCUCUAGCUGCAUCCAUGCUAAGCUGAGUGAGUGUUUACAGAAGAUUAGUGAAUUUGUGUAUCCUAAUGAACAAAUGAGUCUAGACCUCUAACAGUAGAAAUCGAUUAAAACCCUCCUAUUUGGGGGCCGAAGCAUAACCUAAAAGUCUUCUAUUUGGGCUUAGGCCUCUUGGUGGCGACUAGUUGGCGGUUAGAACCAUUGUUGUUUUUCCUCCAUGGGCUGACCUCCGUGUCCCAUGGAAAACCUCUCCUAACGAUUUGGUCGCGAUCUGUAUGGGUCUCCAUGAGUGGCGGUUGGACCCGAUGUUGGGCUGUCGCUGGUUUUUGCUUAUGCUUGGCUUGAGUAUCCCUCUAUUGGACUUCUCUUGGGCUCUACUUGUGGUUACUAAUGGAAUUCUCCAUCAUUGGACCUCAUCUUUUAUCAUGGGUAGGUUGGUGGGUCAAUCUGUGCACCCCUACUAGCAACACCAAACUUAUAGCCACCAUAGGUGUAUUAACACCACUAUAGAAAUAUGAUGUUUGUGAUCUUGGGUUCCCAAUACUCACUCCUGUGGGAAGCAAAUGAAUAUGUGAUUCGAUUGGAGAAAAAUCAAAUUGAGAAGGGAAGCAAGACAUGAGAAGGAAAGAAUAAACAGGAGGAUGGAAA